CAUAUUAUGAACUAAAAACAUUUUUCAUUGACUAUGAAUAUGGUAUUCUAUCAAUGACAAACAGGAGAACUCAUUCACACCUUCUUAGAGAGGAACGGACUACAAACAUGGCAUUUUAUGGACUACAAACACGUUGACUCUGAAAGUCACUGCAGAUACAUCAGGACUGCAGACAGAAACCGAGAUGACUGUGGGUGUUGUGGUUCUGGAUGUACCUUACCUAAUUACAAAUAAAUCGGAGUUCAAUUUUUUUCCAAAAUUGACGUUAAAGGUUCAAAUGUAUUUCUUUAUUUUGUUUUUAAGAAAUUCUAAAAUAGUUUGACAACCCUGUUUUGUUCGCUUUUAAAUGAUAUCAAACUCAACUGUUUAUCUUUUUCAGUCAGUGAUGAAGACAUGUAUCAUGGUAUGGUGGGGUAUGCAAAAUGGGUCAACUUUGAGCACCUUUAUCUUUUGAAGGUUUUGGCAUUCAGGUCCAAAAUGUCCCUUUCUGACCACUUCUUAAAUGGACAAACAUUGUAUGAAACAUUUUGCUUAAUCAAAAGUGAUGCUGUCAAAAAGUGAUUAAAUUCAAAUGGAUUUCCCCCCACACACUACUAGGUCCGUAUCGCGGCCGACAGGUUUGUUCAUAACAUUCAUUAUACACAAUACAAUCUUAGACUGAACUUCUUACUGUGUAGCUCUUUCUCUCUAUCUCUAGGUUUUGUAUCAUACACAAUGUUUAAAAUGUCAGAACAGUACUUUUCUCAUAAAAAAAUGUCAUAUGCAAGAACGGGUGACACUUGUAAUUUCUGCAGUGCCAUAUAAAACCAUGUUUUUGACAAUUCGUUAGCCAAUUUUACUACACCAGUAUUUCAUCCUCAUUCUGCAUAAUUUGAACCUGUUGAAUGUUAAUGUUAAGUGGAUGGCCUUGUAAAACAUAUCAUCAUGAAGGCCAUGAACAGUAACUAGUAAUGCCUUAUACUGUUAGAAGGCUCAGAUUUUGUGCUUUUUUUAUUAGGUAUUCAUUAUUUGUGAUUUUAUGCAUUUUUGCAGUAGUAUGCACUGCUAUAAUCCGCCACAGUUCACGUGUCAUAAUACCGAUUAAAAACACAGAAAUGGUUCCAAUGGUUUUCCUGCCAUUCAUUUUUCACAUUAUGAAUAAAUAAAAAAGUAUAAUUAAUUGUGUUUGGUGUAGGUUAACCUUGGCAUGACGUUUUAAUAGCCGUGUAAUUCUCAGACAAUGUGAGUUUUAUCAAUUAAUUCGCCUCAAUUUACUCUCAAAAAUUCGCAAUGCUAAUUAUUGAUGAAAGUUACCUUGUCAGAGAGAGAUUUGCGUGGUUAUCGAAAUGUCAUGCCAGGGUAAUCCUGGCAUGCCUGAGUUUACAUGGCACACAAGGUAUUCACACAGUCACGUACACACAGUAUUCACAUGCAUGCCUGGAUGGCUUGCAGGUAAAUGGAGGGAGAAUACAGUAAAGAGUGUAUAUUGCGCUUGUUAAUAUGAUGCUGUGCAUUUAAUCUCUGUUUGUGUGUGUGUGGUGUGUAGAGCGUGGGGCUGCGGAACAGGUGGCAGUGAGUGGUGUAUUACCUACUCUGGCUCAAGCCCUUAGGAGGAGAGGACCGCUUACUUUAAUGACUGCUAAACUGGUGUCAGAACUGGCCAGAGAAACGGUGAUCAGGGAGAGGUGUGGUGAGACAGGGGUGUCAUCUGCUCUGCUGUCUGUGCUGCUCUCCAGGGAUCAGGAGCUACUGAUACACGCUGGCCGCGCUAUCGCUCGUAUCUGCUACGAGAGCCGGUGUCAACAGGAGCAGUUGUUGCGUUUGGGGGCGGUCCCUAGGCUGGUCGGAAUCCUGCUGGGUUUUAAAAGCAACCAGCCUCUGGAGGGUGUGUGUCUUGUGGCCCUGUGUAACCUAGGUGACAUGGGAGAGGGGGGGGAGGAUGGAGGUAUAUCGUGGGAGAGAGGCGUGUCGCUAUGCCCCGAGGAGUCUGUGUUUCGUGGCGUGACUUGUCACUCCUGCGGCUUUGGCUCCAUGGUUACAGUCGUCAGACUGACCCAGUGGUCGCCCGGGCAACACACCGUCAGCAUCGAGGUGUUAUCCCGUUACUCCAUCGGGUUCUGGACAAUGCAUAACAACCACCGGACAGUGCGACGUUCGCCACUCUCUCACCUGGGAACGUGUCCUAGGUUCUACAAAGCCAUCAAGUACUCCGUCCAGAACAUUCCCAACAGUAGAAGCCUCAAGUCACUGAUCUUCCACAUCUUCCUUUGAGAGGGGAAUGGACUACAAACAUGGCAGCAUAUUAUGGACUACAAACAUGGCAGCAUAUCAUGGUUUACAAACAACGCACCAUAUUAUGAACUAAAAACAUUUUUCAUUGACUAUGAAUAUGGUAUUCUAUCAAUGACAAACAGGAGAACUCAUUCACACCUUCUUAGAGAGGAACGGACUACAAACAUGGCAUUUUAUGGACUACAAACACGUUGACUCUGAAAGUCACUGCAGAUACAUCAGGACUGCAGACAGAAACCGAGAUGACUGUGGGUGUUGUGGUUCUGGAUGUACCUUACCUAAUUAGAAAUAAAUCGGAGUUCAAUUUUUUUCCAAAAUUGACGUUAAAGGUUCAAAUGUAUUUCUUUAUUUUGUUUUUAAGAAAUUCUAAAAUAGUUUGACAACCCUGUUUUGUUCGCUUUUAAAUGAUAUCAAACUUAACUGUUUAUCUUUUUCAGUCAGUGAUGAAGACAUGUAUCAUGGUAUGGUGGGGUAUGCAAAAUGGG